AUGUCUUCAGCAGUUCGUUACGUAAAUAUUGAAGAAGGAUGUGUCCAUGAGCAUUUCAUAGCAUUCAUGCAAGCAGAGCAUCAAGAUGCUGAAAGCUUAUCUUCUUACAUAAAACAGGCUCUCAUUACUUAUGAUUUUGAUAUCAAUAAGAUGGUUAGCCAAGGAUAUGAUGGGGCUAGCGUAAUGAGUGACCACUGUUCUGGAGUACAGACAAGAGUCCGUGAGUUUGCUCCUUUAGCAGUUUACAUUCACUGCUACGCCAAUGUGUUAAACCUUGUACUGGUUGAUUCUGUAAAGUCUGUAGCAACAGCUUCUGAGUUCUUUGUUUUGUUGGAAGCACUCUACGUCUUAGUGUCUUCUUCUAAAAUCCAUGCCCUAUUUGUCAAUUUACAAUGUCAGUGUAACCCAAAUCAGCAACCACUGGAGUUACAAAAACUCUCAGUGACUCGUUGGGUUUGCAGAUACGCUGCUGUUAACGCAGUCAGUCGUACAUACAAUGCACUUCUUCUUACUGUAGGUGUAGUAGCUGAUGCAUCUGUCAGUGAAUACACCCAGGCUAUUGAAGCUAGGGGUCUAUAUGAUCAAGUCAAAUCAUUUUCCUUUAUCAUUAGCCUGAUUACAUUUGAUCGAAUACUAUCAUGUACUACGCAGCUUUCUGAUCAGCUACAAAGCAAUAACAUAGAUCUUUCUCAUGCUGCUGACCUUGUAUCUGGUACACAGGCUUUGCUGUCAGAAUAUCGAACAGAUACCUAUUGGGAGAAAGUGUAUCAUUAUGCAACAGAAGUAGCCAAAUUGCAUGAUGUAAACACUAAAGUGCUAGUAAGAAGGAGAAGGAGACCUACUGACUUGAUCGACAGCUUUGUAUAUGAGAGUACUGGGGUGAGGGUGAUUCCAUCUACCAGAGAUGAGUAUAAGAGAGAGCUAUACUCUCCUGUACUAGACAAGUUCCUUAUCGUAGGUUUCAAGAUCAAAAUGUCACUAUUAUGA